AUGUUCUGUGCUACUUUUAUAGAAGAGACCACCGAACCAGCUCCACUGGAGAAUGCAGCUAUUGAUGCUCACUCGCUGUCUGUAUCGGACACUGAGAGCGUGGAGUCAUCGGCGCCGACUUUAGAUCCUGAAACAGAAAAGACCAUCCAACCAGCUCCAGAAGAGGAUGUGGUUACCGACUCUCCUAUAUUGCUAGUAGCCACUGAGAGCAUGCACCCAUUAACACCCGAUGCUUGUACCAUUACAGAAGAGACCUUCCAACAACCUCUAGUGGAAGCUACAAAAAUUGACAAUGUACCAGUAGUGGACCCAGAGAUUGUGGAGUCAUCACCGCCAGCUAUCAACGCCAUCGCUGCAGAAAUCAUCCAACCACUUCCAGAGGAAGCUAGAAUUAUUGACAAUGCUCCACUGCCAGUAGAGGACUCUGCGAGCAUGGAACCAUCACCACAAGCUAUUGUAAGCUUGCUAGAAAUGACAAUCCAACCAGCUGUAGAAGAGGAUUUAGUUACUGACACUACACCAUUGCCAGUAAAGGACACGGACAGCGUGGAGCCAUGUAUGCCAGCUGUCAAUGAAAUUACAGAAAAGACAAUCCAACCACUUCCAGAGGAGGAUGCAGCUAUUAAUGCUCAUUCACUACCAGUAGAGGACUCUGAGAGCGUGGAGCCAUUGCGGCCAGCUGUCAAAGAUAUGGAAAAGAUAAUCCAACCAGCUCCAGAGGAGGCUGUAGUUAUUGACACGCCUCAAGUGCCAGCAGUGGACAAUGAGAAAGUGGAAUCAUCACCACCAGCUGCUGCUACUGAUAUGGAAAACAACAUCCAAACACCAACAGAGAAAGAUGCAGUUAUUGAUGUUGAUAACAUUGUAGAAGAAACCAUUGAACCACCAAAGGGUUUAGUUUGUGACACUGUUCCAUUGGCAGAAGCAGAUGUCGAAAAGCCAUCAUCAUCAGCUGGGUAUUGAGAUAUUCAUCUUUCUCAUCAAUGCUGUUAACGUAUACUAUGUGUUAUAGGAGCAUUUUGUUUUGGGUCUUUGUUUUUUCAUGAGGGAGGGGACUGUAUGUAAUUUUAAAUAUAUUUAAAAUUGUGUUCUUUUCUUUGCAGUAUUCAGCAAGGAGCUCGGCUGAGCAUUCAGGAUUUUGAUUGUCUCUGUGUGCUGGGAAGAGGAGCAUUUGGAAAGGUGGGCUUUGGGGUAAAUUCCACUUUCAAUAUAAUAGGCGUCUAGAUAAAUAAUAUAUAUAUGUAUUUUACAUUUCAGGUUCUACUUGUUGAGGACAAGCGUACAAAUAUCAAAUUCGCUUUAAAAGCCCAGAAAAAACAAGACAUAACUGGAACUAUAAGAGUACCAAGGUCGGUAAAUGGAGAGUACUAA